AUGAACGCCACUUAUGCAUUCGUGAGCACUAUAGGUGUAGGAUGUGGAAGUUAUUGGAGCGGAACGUGUCUGUGCCGUUCAAGUUCACGGGAGAGGCCGAAUGCGCCAAAGUUGAGCUCGAGAUGGCCGCAACGAGGUGCCCUGCUGUGCUCUGGUGUUGAGCAAGUCCAGCCAGUGCCGGGCUUUCGCGACAGCACUGCAAGCAACGCGAAUACCUUUCCCAAAUCUGGGUCUGAGUACACUGCCGCACAGAUUGAUGUUUUAGAAAACCUUGAACCAGUGCGCCGAAGGCCUGGCAUGUACAUUGGCUCGACCGGGGCACGCGGUCUGCACCAGCUCGCCUACGAGGUCAUUGACAACUCCGUGGACGAGGCCCUUGCUGGCUACUGCGACAAGGUUCUUAUUACGCUUCAUGAAGACGGCUCUUUAUCGGUGCUCGACAACGGAAGAGGAAUUCCUACCGACAAGCACCCCAAAACCGGUAAGUCUGCACUGGAGACGGUGUUGACGGUGCUUCACGCUGGCGGGAAGUUCGGGUCGGGCGGUUAUAAAGUCUCCGGAGGACUUCAUGGAGUCGGCGUUUCAGUGGUGAAUGCCCUCAGUGCGUGGCUCGAGGCAGCCGUCUACCGCGAUGGCGUGUGCUAUACGAUGCGCUUCGCGCGUGGCGAGGUUGUGGAAGCGCUCCGGGUGGUGGCAGCGGCGCCGAACCCGUAUCCCGGCUUCAUGGAGCGCUCUGGAACCUACAUACGCUUCGCACCGGAUCCAAGCAUAUUCACAACGACUACUGAAUUCUCUUAUGAUGUGCUAGCCACGCGUCUGAAUGAGCUCGCGUAUUUGAACGCAGGACUUUCCAUUUGGUUUGUAGAUCGCCGAGUCGGUGCUGUACCGAGCCAGAACCUUUUAAGCAUAGCCCAGAAUGGCUCUGAGACGCUAGCUAUGCGUCCAGUAUCUACGAAAACAACUAUCAAACCAGCGGACGCCGCAGUCACAAAGUACGACGACGAUACCGAUCCGGAGGUUGGUUCACGCGAUACGCUCGUGGACGAGAAUCGAGCGGCCUCAGCACGACGUGCAUCCGCGGAUUUGAGCGCGCCAGUUUCUUUGAUAACUGAAACGGAUAUUCCUAGUGUUUACGGAGGCGCGCGAUUCUACCACAGCGGCGGCAUUGCCGAAUACGUACGCGACCUUACCGAAGGCAAAGAGCGCAUCCACCCAGAGGCGAUUUAUCUCAGGAGAGAGCUUCAGAACGUCGAGGUGCAAAUAGCGUUGCAGUGGUGUCGAGAUCAGUAUAAUGAUAUCUUGCUGAGUUUUGCGAAUAACAUUCGUACCAUCGAUGGUGGAACCCAUGUUGACGGCUUCAAGUUCACGCUCACUCGCGUGCUGAACGCGCUGGCGCGGCAACGCGGCAUGCUUCGCGAGAACAACAGCAACCUCAGCGGCGACUACUUUCGCGAGGGUCUGACUGCCAUCAUAUCGGUGAAGGUACCGGAUCCCGAGUUCGAAGGCCAGACCAAGAGUCGUUUAGGUAACCCUGAGGUACGUUCGAUCGUUGACGCCGUCGUUGCUGAAGAGCUCUCGUUGUACUUUGAUCAACGCCCGCGUGUAUUUGCCGAUAUUUUUGAGAAAGCAUGGCAAGCCUAUCAAGCAGCUGAGGCGGCGCGACGAGCACGGGAUCUUGUUCGGCGAAAAUCCGUACUAGAAUCCUCGACAUUGCCUGGAAAACUCGCGGACUGCGCAUCCAGAGAUCCGCGUGAAAGCGAGAUCUUCAUCGUGGAGGGCGAUUCGGCCGGUGGCAGUGCCAAACAGGGACGGGAUCGUCGCUUCCAGGCAAUCCUGCCGCUUCGUGGAAAGAUCUUGAACAUCGAGAAAUGCGAUGAUAGCAAAGUCUAUAAGAAUACCGAAAUCCAGGCCUUGAUCACCGCCAUAGGUUUAGGAGUGAAGGGCGAGGAGUUCGAUGCAAACCAGCUACGUUACCAUCGCAUCAUCAUCAUGACGGAUGCGGAUGUUGAUGGCGCGCAUAUUCGCACACUGCUGCUAACCUUCUUCUUUCGCUAUCAACGAAGUGUCAUUGAAAACGGUUAUCUGUACAUAGCUCGACCACCUUUGUUCAAGCUCGAGAUCGGUGGUGGCAAGCAGCGUCAAACUCGAUACCUCUACUCGGAUGCAGCGUGUGAGCAGGCUCUCGCGCGGCUCCUGCGAAACAAACCGGAUGCCCGGUACACACUGCAGCGCUUCAAGGGUCUCGGCGAGAUGAUGCCUCAGCAGCUCUGGGAGACGACCAUGGACCCAGCGCGUCGGACGCUGGAUCGCGUCUCGGUGCAAGAUGCCGGAGCCGCAGACCGCAUCUUCAAUACGCUCAUGGGCGAUCGGGUGUUCCCCCGACGACAAUUUAUUGAGCAGCACGCCGAGUCACUGAAACUCGACGAUCUUGAUAUUUGA